UGAGCUGGGGCACGGCCGCCUGUCUGCACCGGCAGCACCAUGUCGCUCAUGGUCGUCAGCAUGGCGUGUGUUGGGUUCUUCUUGCUGCAGGGGGCCUGGCCACACAUGGGUGGUCAGGACAAGCCCUUCCUCUCUGCCUGGCCCAGCGCUGUGGUGUCUGAAGGAGAAUAUGUGACUCUUCAGUGUCGCUCUCGUCUUGGGUUUAACGAAUUCAGUCUGUCCAAAGAAGACGGGAUGCCUGUCCCUGAGCUCUACAACAGAGUAUUCCGGAACAGCCUUUUCAUGGGCCCUGUGACCCCAGCACAUGCAGGGACCUACAGAUGUCGGGGUUCACACCCACACUUCCUCACUGGGUGGUCGGCACCCAGCAACCCCCUGGUGAUCAUGGUCACAGGAGUCCACAGAAAACCUUCCCUCCUGGCCCACCCAGGUCGCCUGGUGAAAUCAGAAGAGACAGUCAUCCUGCAAUGUUGGUCAGAUGUCAUGUUUGAGCACUUCCUUCUGCACAGAAAGGGGAUGUUUAACGACACUUUGAGCCUCACUGGAGAGCACCAUGAUGGGGUCUCCAAGGCCAACUUCUCCAUCGGUCCCAUGACGGAAGACCUGGCAGGGACCUACAGAUGCUACGGUUCUGUUCCUCACUCCCCCUAUCAGUUGUCGGCUCCCAGUGACCCUCUGGACAUCGUGAUCACAGGUCUAUAUGAGAAACCUUCUCUCUCAGCCCAGCCGGGCCCCACGGUUCUGGCAGGAGAGAAUGUGACCUUGUCCUGCAGCUCCCGGAGCUCCUAUGACAUGUACCAUCUAUCCAGGGAGGGGGAGGCCCAUGAACGUAGGCUCCCUGCAGUGACCAAGGUCAACGGAACAUUCCAGGCUGAAUUUCCUCUGGGCCCUGCCACCCAGGGAGGGACCUACAGAUGCUUCGGCUCUUUCCGUGUAUCUCCCUACGAGUGGUCAAACUCGAGUGACCCACUGCUUGUUUCUGUCACAGGAAACCCUUCAAAUAGUUGGCCUUCACCCACUGAACCAAGCACCAAAACCGGUAACUCCAGACACCUGCACGUUCUGAUUGGGACCUCAGUGGUCAUCAUCCUCCUCAUCCUCCUCCUCUUCUUUCUCCUUCAUCGCUGGUGCUCCAAAAAAAAAAAUGCUGCUGUCAUGGACCAAGAGCCUGCAGGGAACAGAAUAGUGAAGAGGGAGGACUCUGAUGAACAAGACCCUCAGGAGGUGACAUAUGCACACUUGGAUCACUGCGUUUUCACACAGAGAAAAAUCAAUCCCCCUUCUCGGAGGCCCAAGACACCCCCAACAGAUACCAUCGUGUACACGGAACUUCCAAAUGCUGAGCCCAGAUCCAAAGUUGUCUCCUGCCCAUGAGCACCACAGUCAGGCCUUGAUGGGAUCUUCUGGGGAGACAACAGCCCUGUCUCAAAACCGGGUUGCCAGCUCCCAUGU